AUGGCCAUGGCGGACGCGACCAAGCCCGUCGUAGUCAAUGCGCCCGAACGCCCGGGCUUGACGAGCAGCGCCUCGGGGUCGUCUGGCGACUCGAUGGACGAGACGACGUCGCCCGGCGAGCCCUCGACGACCACCAGCAGCCGCGACCAAGUGGCGCCUCUGCGCGAGCCCCAGUACUCGUGGAACAGCAACGCCAGCUCCUCGCGCUCUCGCGGGCCUGCCAUCAUGACGGACCUGCCGCCGCAGACGCCCAACGGGGGCAGCGCGCCCACGUCGACCACCAGAGCCGCCCGCCCAACACCUGGCCGCACCAUCAGCAGCGCAUACGCACCCGCCCGCCGCCCCCAGCAGUUCUCGCUGAACUCAUCCGCCCACCGCCCGCGCAACAACUCGGCCACGCGCAGCCGCCGCAACCCCAACGCCGAGUACCGCGCCCAGGAAAAGGCCUACGUCCAGCGCAUCCGCCAGGAGGACCAGCAGGACGACUUCUUCGACCCGGCCCUGCGCACGCCCAGCCUGGGCUACAGCACCGACUCCGAGACGGACGACGAGUCGCCCUCGACCGCCGAGUAUGUCGAGAACGACCCCUACGACCAGGAGACGCUGCUCUACUAUGGCAACGACGACAUGCAGCCCUCGAUCGAGGAGCUCAAGAUCCCCGCCAACCGCGAGCGCCUCGAGUGGCACAGCAUGCUCGCCAGCGUCCUCACCGGCGACGUGGUCAAGCAGGAGAAGAAGCGCCUCAUCGGUAGCACCGAGCAGCAGGGCGACAGCACCAUGAAGGCCGAGAUCUGGAUGGGCAUCCGCGCCAAGGUCUGCGGCCGCUCGCUGCAGGCCCAGCGCCGCAUCGUCGACGACACCCGCAGCAAGAUCCGCGCCAACCUCGAGAGCAUCAUCUCGUUCGAAGUCGGCGGCGAGGCGGAGGCGGGCCAGACAGCCGCCCAGCAGGUCGAGGACAUUGUCAAGAAGAUCGAAAAGGUCGAGAGCGUCUACCCCACGCGCCAGGCCCUCGAGGCUGCCUAUCCCCGCGCCGCCUCGCAGCCCUACAAGGACGCCUGCGACGCCGUCAUUGCCUGGCACAACACCAUCGCCCUCAUCAACACCGAAAUGUCCAUCCUUAAGAAAUGGGUCGGCAACGAGGAGCUCGACUUCACCAAGCCCCGCCCGCGCUCGUCCCAGGACCACCAUCUCACCGACGACUCUUCGUUUAUUGACCGGAUACUCAAGGAGGAUGGCCUCAAGUCCCUGCAGGGCGACACCAACCUGCUGGCUCCGCUCGAGAAGGUCAUCCAGAAGGCCAAGGCCACCCUCAUCGCCAACGCCGAAGGCUUUGCCGAGAGACAUCUCCCGCCCUACAUCGAAGAGCUGCUGACUCUCAUCAACUUCCCCUCGCGUCUCCUCCAGGAGAUCAUCCGCGUCCGCCUCUCGUACGCCAAGAAGAUCAAGGACCCGUCACAACAGGGCGUCAUGAUGGCCGAGCAGAUGAUUGCGCAGUUCCAGAUCCUGCUGGCCAUGGCUGGCCAGGUCAAGGAGAGCUACAUGGUCAUCUCCCGGCCGGAGCCUGGCUGGGAUCUGCCUCCGUGCAUUGAGGAGAACUUCGACACCGUCGUGCUAGACGCCCUCAAGUUCUACUUCAAAAUGCUCAACUGGAAGCUGGCUGCCAACAAGAACACCUUCAAGGAGGCCGAAAUCCUCGAACAGGAGUGGGACUUUUGCAACAAGCUCGGCCGACAACUCCAGGGCGGCGACGUUGAGACUGCGGAACAGUUCAGUGUGCUCACAUCCAAGUCGCUCACUCGUCUCAGCGCUCACUUUGAGCGAGAGCUGCAGCGUCGGCCGGACGAGCUCACGGGUUCUGAAAUGGAAAAGCGAUACAAGCAGAUCCUCGAUUCUGUCCGUGUCCGACAGCGUAAGCUGUUCCGUUUCUCCAGGAUCCUCACGCAGCGCUUCGAGAACUGCACCGAGUUCAACAUCAACAACAUCGACCUAGACGAGGAGCAGCUCCAGGAACUGUACGAAGCUCUCGUUGCCACUGGCCACUUUCUCGUCGAGACCACCGGCGGAAACAAUACUGGCAUAUACAUCGUUGCAUCACCGACGGCACUCGACCGACCGAACGACAUCCAGUCGCUUCUUACAACCUGCUACCACGCAGAAGAAGCUCCAGAGGACCCCUCCAACCCAUACGUUUUGAUCAUCCGACCAGAACAGCCCCUGUACUGGCCCGGCAAGAAGAUGUCAGCCAACAUCAUCGAGCCCCAUCUCGACCUCAAGCCUGGUCGGUUGAGGCUCGUCGCGGAUGGCUCGCAACAACGCCUCGCAAACGCGAACCUAUCAUUCCUCUCAUCAAUAGGCAUGGAGCUCACUACCCUGAUCGAUCAGCGCGCCAACCUUCCCCGUGUCAACGCAGAACUGCAGAAGAUCAAGAAGACGGCAUACAAGCUGUCCAACACCAUCAUGGACAGUGUCGAGAUUGUUCGCAGGCAAACAGUUGGUCUCGACUGCCAGGAUCUCAUCCAGACUUGUUUCGCUUUCGCGACAGAAUUCGGUCAACGUUCCGUUCUCUACAUGGACUACAACCGGAGGGCCAUGAACAACAUCAAGCUAACCAGGCUGGCACUUGACUGGGUCAGUUUCAUUUGCGACGACUGCAUUGCUUCGGACCGAAAGACAUUUCGAUGGGCUGUGGUUGCUCUAGAGUUUGCCAUGAUGAUGACCCGCGGUCAGAACAUUCUAUCCAUCAGCGACGAGGAAUACUCACAGCUGCGACUGAAGGUAGCUGGCUGCAUGUCCGUCCUCAUCUCCCACUUCGACAUCAUGGGCGCGAGGUCGACCAUUGCAGCUCAGGCCGAGCGACAGCGCCUCAACGCUAUUGCUGGGAAGAGCCUGCUCGAUCCGAAGAACGCAAAGGAUGACGAUGAGUCCAUUGAGAUGACUCAACAACAGUGGAUGCAGAGGCUCGAAGAGAUUGACACGUUCCGCAAGGACAAGGAAGCCGAACGCCAGGCUCUUGGUCGGGUGCUGGAGGACUCUAAUGAAGCCGACCGAGCGCUGACCUACCUGUCUUCGUCUGCGACAAACGUCACACUGCGAUGGCAGCAGGGCCAGUUUGUCGGCGGAGGUACAUUUGGAUCCGUCUACGCAGCUAUGAACCUCGACUCCAACCACCUCAUGGCCGUCAAAGAAAUUCGUCUCCAAGAUCCACAGCUCAUUCCUACGAUUGUCGCUCAGAUCAGAGACGAGAUGGGUGUUCUUCAAGUGCUCGACCAUCCCAAUAUUGUGUCUUAUUACGGUAUUGAACCACAUCGAGACAAGGUGUACAUCUUCAUGGAAUACUGCUCUGGUGGCUCGCUUGCCGGACUGCUAGAACAUGGACGUAUCGAAGACGAGACCGUCAUUAUGGUUUACGCGCUUCAGAUGUUGGAGGGUCUCGCCUACCUACAUGACGCUGGUGUUGUGCAUCGCGACAUCAAGCCCGAGAACAUUCUUCUCGACCACAACGGAGUCAUCAAAUUUGUCGACUUCGGCGCCGCCAAACUCAUCGCUCGCCAAGGUCGAACCCUCGCCGCAGAACACAACGCUACACGCCAGGGCCGCCAACGCUCUAUGACCGGAACGCCAAUGUACAUGUCCCCUGAAGUCAUUCGGGGUGGAAGCACAGGUCGCCACGGCGCUGUCGAUAUCUGGUCACUAGGCUGCGUGAUCCUGGAGAUGGCUACGGGUCGCCGCCCGUGGGCUUCCAUGGACAAUGAAUGGGCCAUCAUGUACCACAUUGCCCAGGGUGAUCCACCACAACUACCAUCCAAGGAGCAACUCAGCGACACUGGUAUCGACUUCCUCAAGAAAUGCUUCGACCGCGACCCGAACAAGCGAGCCAGUGCGGUUGAGCUGCUCCAGCACGAAUGGAUCAUGACGCUCCGCGCCCAGCUCAGCCUGGAACCAGCCACGCCCAGUGAUAGCAACUCUAGCAGUGGAACACCACAAAGUAGUAGGCAAAACUCCACCUACAACUAA